AUGGUGCAAGCAGCACAGAAGAAAACGGCAAUUUGUCCCCACGAAAUGAAUGCGAGUCAUGAAAACAAUGACCUAACCUCAAACUCUAAAAGCCCUGAGGUUCUUUUGGCCGAAAAUACGUUACUUCGUCAGCUAAUCGAUGAAAUGCAAUCAAAACAAGAGGUACUUAAUGAAAAUUGCUUGCUCUUAAGAGAAAAAGUAACAUAUCUAGAAAAGAAAGUCGAUGAACUUCAAAUAAAAAACCAACAUAUUGAAGAAAAAAACCAAGCUGCAACGGCGGGUUCUGCCCUUAAUGAACUUGCUGGAUGUUCUUCGGUCAAUCAUUCCUCCAGCUAUGCUUCUAAAGCUGAUUCUCAACCAGUGGCUACUGCAGUCAAAUUGAGUAGCCAAGGCAUAUCGAGCAAUCAAGUUCAAAGAAAAGAUAAUCCAAGAAAACAUACUGAAAGGGCUAAGCCAGUAAUUAACAUUAGAGAUGUUAAGGCUGCUAUACACAAAGCCCAAGCAUUGAAUAAAAUGAAUGAAGUACAAAAUUUGAAUUCUGUACACAAUGAUGAUGGUUGGCAACUUCAAAAGCGCCGUCGUAAUAAAAGAUUUGUAGUAGGGGGAAACAGUGAGUGCAGUGAUGAGUUAAAGACUGUGCCUAAGUUUGUGUCCCUUCAUGUCACUAGAAUGAACCCAAAAACCAAAUGUGAAAAUCUCAAAAAAAUUCUGGAAAAGGAAUUUCCAGAAGUUGUCUGUGUGGAACAUGACUCCAAAUACCCUGAGCUAUAUUCAUCGUUCAAGGUAACCAUUCUUCAAGAAAACUUCAAGAAAGCCUGGAAGAGGGACAUUUGGCCUCAAGGAUCACUAGUUUCUCGUUUUUUCAUGAAAAAAGGGGUACCACCUCAGACACAGAAGAGCUUCGCGCCGAACACGUAG